CUUCCAGUGCCCAAACUGUCGUCAGCAGGUCAGGCUGCCAGUACUAAGAGCGUCACAGGUUUGCCAGACAAUCUUAGUCAUUAGAAUAAGUGAGCACUAUGUGUGAAAGGCUCCAACAGCAAGCCAAACUGUCAAAAGAAAAGAGAGAACUGCCCCUGUCUGGACACAGGUGCAACUUUCACCCCUCAGUGUCAGUAUUGGGACAUGUGACGGCCCAGUCUCUCCCAUCUACACCAACCCAAGCAGAGAGGGUGACAUUUGGAGGAUAUGGCUCAGGAACAGGACAACUCAAAUAUCCUUCCGGUGUUACAGUAUCAGAGGAUGGUGAGAUUUUUAUAGCAGACCUUAGGAACCAGAGGAUCCAAGUCUUCACCCUGCAGGGAACAUCUGUGAGACAGUUCCGUACAGUUGUAUCAGGACAAGACAUAGAGCCAUAUAAUGUGGCCAUAGACGGGAAAGGGAACCUGUGGGUGGUGGGGAACACAGAGACUACUGCGUUUGUAGUACAAUACACCAAACAGGGUGAAAUGCUGAGGAAGUUUGAUGUACAGAAGACAGGGUGGGACAGAGGAGUUGCCGUGGACACCAGGAGGAACCACAUCCUCAUCACACAAACCACAGGAGACUGGCCAAACCUACGAGGCGAGGUGCAGGUGUUCAGGCCAGAUGGGACACUUGUGAGAACUGUGGGUCAGCAGCAGGGGAUGAAGCGUCCCUGGUACAUCACUGUGGACGGGGAAGAAAACAUUCUUGUGUCAGACUUGUGCAAUCAUUGUGUCUAUGUGUUCAACGAGGACGGACAGUUUCUGUUCAAGUUUGGAGGUGAGGGAAGUGGCAAAGGUCAGCUGUUGCAUCCAUUUGGCAUCUGUACAGACAGGGCAGGUAACAUCUUUGUAAUAGACAGGGGAAACAGCCGUGUGGAGAUGUUUGACAAGACAGGAAAAUUCGUCAAACACAUCGCUAUGGGCGUAAAGGAGCCACAGGCUGUUGCCAUGACAACACAGGGACAGGUGGUAGUGACCUCUUGCAGAAACCACACAGUCACCGUAUUUCCCAACUUCUGAAUCUGAGUACAUUGUAGGAAAGGCAAAGAAAUGCUCAAUAUAUGAUCCACUGCUGUCACAUCUAAUGUGACAUUUGAUAAACUCAUUCCUUGACAAAUACUAUGAUGCUGUAUACUUGACCCAGUGUUCUCUGAGACAGGUUCAGUGAACGAUAAAGAUCUCAUCCAAGCUAUUCUUGGACCAGUCUGAAAUGACAAAGGCUCUGUCUGUAUAUACAGGUCAUUGACCUUGGUGUACACAUCUUUAAAUCCUACUGACCUAAGCCUGUUCUGUACAGUACCCAGUGUUCUUUGAAACAGGUUCAGUGAAGGAUUUAGAUCUCACCCUAGGGCAACCCGUGCUGUGCAGGUACAUUGUAAUUAUCUAAUUAUGCAAGCCAGGUGAGCAACAACUGUUGGGAUUUGAACUCUUGACUUUUGGUACAGAACCGUAGUCAGUUCCUGUGCAUUGUAACCUGAUUACUAUAAAUGCAUUUAAGUUCGCAGGGAUUUAAAUUCGUGGAAGCGGAAAAAUGGAGUGU